AUGCCAUCACUGAAAAAUGACAAUCUGAAUGAUUCCAAUUCUACUGCAAAUCAGUUUCAAUAUUUCUUUGUUUGUGAAAAAUUAUUUGAACAGUCAUCAGUUGAUAAUCAUAGUUGUAGAUUUGAUGAAAUAUCUCCUGGUUACUUAAAAGUCAGUAUGAAGCCGUAUUGUUUCCUUCGUAAACCUGAUAAUCAAUGUAUUCGUGGUAGUUUACCACGACAGUAUUCAGCUAUUGAACUACUCACCCGUGAUCAAAUACCUUUCUCAGAAGCAUCUGUCAAAGACGAACAAACAUUUGAAAUCAAAACGUCUCCUGAAGAAUGUACUACAACAUCUGGAAAUGUGUCCAAUAUCGAUGAGAAGAAUGCUACAGUUCCAGUUGGCAGUUUAAAGCAAAAGGGUGAAAAACUAGCUCGUGUUGUUGACUGGUUGGAACGGAAACGUCAAACCAACUCUUCACAAUCCACAGUUACAUUACCUCAAAAUUCCAUUGUUCCAGAACAACAACAACAAACUUCCAUUUCAUUGUUACCCGUCGAAAAUAAUCCAGUUAUUGAUGAAAUAUCAUUACCAUCAUCACGUAGUUUGUGUUCUCGAGGUCGAAUUCCACUUAGAAUCAAUCGUGGAAGAAGUAGAAAUUUCAAUAAAUCAUUGAAACUUACAUCAUCUAAUCCUGUACCAUUAUUACCUGAUAAAUUUUCUACAAUAACUGCUGUACUCCCCGAUAAGAUUGAUGAAAUAUCAUCCAGUAAAGAAGAUGAAUCUCUCAAUAUUCCCGUUAAACGUACAUGUAUGUCAGAAAAUUCAUCACCGACUCAAUCAAAUAUUGUUCAAAUAUCAUCUGAAAUUAAUGUAGACCAUAAUUUAUCGUCAUUAGUCAUAAUCGAUUCAAAUAAUUCAUUAUGUAAUACAGUUGAUAAAAAUUCACCUAAACAACUCUCAGAUGAUCCUCUUAUCUCAUCUAAUACAGAAGAAACUAAUGUGAAUACUUUAGCAUUAAAUUCUAUUGUCCCAAUCACUUCUACUACAAAUAAUAAUAACAACAAUUCACCUCUUAAUUCACUUAAUACUUUAAAGCCAUCUGAUUUACAGUCUAAUGAAGAUUCUAUGGAUCGUUUAUCAUCAGUAAUAUUAAAACCUACAUCAAAUAAUCAAUCAAUUAUUACGUCACCUACUGAUGAUCAUUUGAAUAUUUCAUCAUCACCUAGUUUUGGAUCAACAAGAAAACGUAAAUGUUCCAUUACACGUAAAAGAUUAGUACCAGAACCAGAAUUACUUCAUGAAAUUAUUGACAAUCUACAAAAUAAUAAUAAUACUUCAUGUUUAACCGCUAAUCACUUACCUGAAUUAAACCAUAACAAUACAUAUGAUAAUAUAUCUAUUGAAAGUUUAAACAAUUCAAUUCAUAUAUCAGAUGAUACUAAACACUUAUCACCUUCAACUAAUCAAAUAUCUUCAAUAGAUCGAACAUUAUCAAUCCAAUCAUCAUCAUCAUCGUUGUCGUCAUCAUUAUCAUCAUCAUUAUUAUGUACACAUUUAUAUGAAUCAAAUUUAAUUUGGAACGAUGAUGAUGAAACUUGUUUAAUGAAUAUACAACCAAUUUUCUCUAGUCAUAUUACAAUUCAUAAAGUUCUAACAGAAAUUAAACAUUUUGCAUUGAAAUUCAAUCAACCAGUUAUUAUGUCAUUUAAUCAUGAUAAUAACAAUAAUAAUAAUAAUAAUUUAAAAUCAAUAAAUGAUUGUGAUCAUCAACUUUCAACAUCAACAAUUUCUUCAAAUUAUUCAUUGAAUCAAAUUGAUAUCACGAGUCAAUCGAUAAUCGAUGAUAAUAAUAAUGUACCAAGUUCCAAAAUAUUCAUCGAUGACAGUUCAAUAAAUCCUUUAAAUAAAGACCAAUCUAUUGAAUCAUCACAUGAAAAGGAAGUCGUUGUAGAUGAUGAUGAUCAUCAUCAUCAUUAUAACAUUUCUCUUACUUCAACUGAAAAUAUAUCUCAUACGAAUAAUGAUAUUGAUAUAGAUGAUGUUAAUGAUAAUAAUAAUUGUAUUGUGAAUAAUAAUGUAGAAGAUGAGAAUAUUUCAUUCAUAACAACUAAUCAUGAUAAUAAUUCAUUGUUAGAUACUUCUAUAGAUUUACUCAAUAAUCUAACUACUAAUACUACUACUACUGAACAAAAAGUUAACGAUAGUAAUAUUGGUGUUAGUUGUGAAUUUUCUACAACCGUCAUUUCAAUUCCAGAUAAUAAUAAUAAUAAUAAUAAUAAUAAUAAUAAUAAUAAUAAAGAAUAUAAAUCAUUUACAAAAUUUGCUGUUGAAACAUUAGUUUCAGAUGAUUAUUCAACUAUAAAUUCCAUUUGUACUACGUAUAAUUCAUCUCCUGAAAAAGAUUCAUCAUUAUCCCCAAAUAAUAAUAAUAAUAAUACUUUAUUAAAACAUAAUGAAUUAUCUACUGAAUUAAAUAAUGAUAUUAACAUGAUUGAUAAUUCAACCGUCAACAAUCAACAAUGUGAUGAAUCUAUUUGUCAAGAUAAUACACUUUUAAACUCUUCAUCAUCAUCAUUAUCUGUGAAAGAUGAAAUCAAUCAAUUUGUUGUUGAGAAUGAGACGACUACUACAGAAAUUAUCUCUCCUAUAUCAUUAGUAACAAAUUCAAAAUCUAUAUCUAAUGAUAAUGAUUCUCCUCCAAUAAGCAUUGGAACACCUGUAUUAGAUGAAAAGUUAGAUUCACUAGAACACAUAUCCACUGAUAUUAUACCUGAAUGUUUUCAAUCAAUUAAAACUAGUUAUAAUGUUACAGAUUUACAAACUCCGAUUGUUCAAAAUUGUCAAUUAAAAACAAAAGUAGAUACUGAUCUAUCUAAAUCACGUCAACCUACUACUACUAAUAUCACUACUACAGCUCAUAAUAAUAGUAGUAUUUUAGCAUCUAAAAAAUUUAAAGAAUCAUCUCGUGAUUAUGGUGGUCAUUAUGAAAACCGUCAUUAUUCACAUGGACAUCAUAACUCGUAUCAAUCAAGAAAUUCCAGUAAAUUCGAUCAUUAUAGAUCAUCGUCAUCAUCAACAUCAAAACAACAUCCAUGCUUUAGUAGUCAUCAUUCUUAUCAUAAUUCUCGUUAUGAUCGUAAACACCAUACACAUCCACCUCAUUAUCAUCAUCAACAACAACAACAAUCACAUCGUCAUGAUGAAUACAAUCCUCGUUAUCGUGAUUCGUCUUCUUCACAUAGAUCAAGAGAUCGUGAUGACAGUUCUCCAUAUUCAUCAAGGCAUAAUCAUGGCGAAAGGUCAGUAUCGAAUUCAUCACAUCGACAUCAAGAUCGCAUUUAUACCUCUGGAAAUAAUCGUGAUCCUUCUGAAGCUUCAAAUUGUUAAUUAAUAUAAUAAAAAGCUGUUCAUAAUAAAUAGAAUUUCUAAUCAAGAUUUACAUUCAUAGACAUACAAUCUUCAGUCUUGUUUCCUGUUUCUCCUCCUCCUCCUCCUCCUCUCUCUCUCUCUCAUCUCAUUUGUAAUCACAACGUAUUUGUUAAUAUUUAUUUUUAUCCAUAGGGUUUAUAUAUAUUGACAUGUAGAGUAGAACAAGGAGAAGUAGGACAAAAUAGAAAGAUGAUCAUGAAAACUAUUGAAUAAACGCACAUCUAUUUUGUGUUGAAUGAUAAUUUUCAAUUUUUUUUUCCUUUAUUAUUACCACUAAUUUCAUUUAUUCUUUCAUAUUGUUUUUUUCUUUAAGUGUGUACGACGUAUGUAACAAGGUGUGUGUGUGUAUAUAUAUAUAUGUUGUGUAUAUUGUUAUUUUGUGUUGAUCACCUUCUCUCUAAGGGUGUUUUAAUGCUCCAUACACACUCACAUACACGUUAAUGUAAACUUGACUUACAUUGAAAAAUAUUUGUUUGUUUUUUUGUUUUAAACACAAAUACACCUCUCUCUCUGUACCUUGACCAAAUAAUCAUUUGUGUGUGUGUGUAUGUUGUAUGUAUGUGAAACAACGGAGUAUGAUGUUCUAAACCUGUCAUUUUGUUUUAAUUCAUCAAUGUAUGUACAUAAUAACCACGAGACACAUAAUAUUUUUUCUUUAGAUAAUUAUGUAAUUUAUACACACAUAUAUACACCUCUUCAAUGAUCCCUCUCUCUCUCACACACACACACAUACACACAUAAUUACUGUUAUGGAUAUUCGGUUGCUAAGAUUUCCUCAUUCUACAUUUAUUGGUAUGCUUUAAUUGUCCAUUAGACAAUGUGCACAGUAAUCCUUAUUUUGAAUUAUACCUAUGAUGUAUGAAUUGAGUUUUAUUUUUAUUCAUGAUAAUGAUACUGAAUUCCUUGAAAUCAAUUAUCUUCCUUCACUACCCCCGCCCUUCCUUUUUUCUCUCUCCUGACUAUUACAUCUAAUGUUAAAGAAUUAUGUAUAUAAAUUUGCUAUUUAGUGAUUGUUUUAAACAAAAAACCAUUACUAUUUUAUUGGUUUUCUUUGCUCUACUCCAUUCUACUCUAAUUUGACCAAUUUAGUUUCAUGGAAGGGGGUAAUUGUUUUUAAUAAUGUGUGGCAUUUCUUAUCAUUAUUACUAUUAUUGUUAUUAUUAUUAUUAUCAUCAUCAGUAUAAUUUAUUUAAUUUAAUUCUUUUUCUUUACUAUGAUAAUACUAAUCAUAAUAAUAAUGUAUUUAUAAGACGAAAUAAUUUGCAUCAUUGUUCUGGUCUUUGAAAACUCACUAUUAUAGUCAUAGUAGAUGGUCGGACGUAGUUGACAAGGUACUAAACUUAAUCUGAAUUAUGUGUUAGUUAGCAUUUAUGUUAUAACAAGACAUACUGUUACUUUUUGUUCUAUUCAAAUUUCUCUCAAUUUGACUUCACAAUCUGAAGCCCCCCACUCAACUCUAUUUGAUUAAUUGAUCAGUAGUGGAUAUAUUGAUGUAAGUUAAAUCGUUCUUGUUAUUUUUAAAUUAAUUAUUCAUUCGGUACUGACCUAUUGAAUGACUGUUUCAUCUGAAUUGUAUAACUUUGUAAUAGGGAAUUAUUUGUUUGAUCUUUGGUUUUAUAACCAACUAUCAUCACUAGUAUUGUUUCGUCUGGUGUUACAAUUCGAAUUUUCUUUGUGUGGAAAACAUCUCGAUCAUUAGAAUAAUGUUUCGUAGGGGAUUGUAUUAGCUUUUAUUGUUUUUAAAUUGAAAGGAGAAAGUAAUUUUGCUAUAUA